UUGAGAGAUUUCAGUAUUCCGUGAUCCUUAUCAGUUUGCCAAAAUGGAACUCCAAAUCCCCAUUUUCCUCAUCAUUUCCAUCAUCUUCAUACUCUCUCUGCUGAAUUUAAUCAACAGGUUCCACACCUCCAGAAGUUCCAGGCCGAGGUUGCCUCCAGGGCCCUGGAAGCUCCCUUUGAUCGGAAGUCUGCAUCACCUGUCGGGCGGCUCACUCCCACAAUAUGCCCUCAGAAACUUGGCACGGAAAUAUGGGCCUAUUAUGCACUUACAGCUCGGUGAGAUUUCUGCAGUUGUGAUCUCAGCCCCCAGAGUGGCUAAAGAGCUAUUAACAGCCCAUGAUCUUGCCUUCUCGUCACGGCCGAGGCUCCCGUCUCUUGGUAUCAUUACCUACAACUACCAAAACAUAGCCUUGGCUCCCUACGGCGAUUACUGGAAACAGAUGCGCAGAUUUGCUUCUCUGAACUGUUGAGCUCCAAGAAUGUGCGCUCGUUUAGCACUAUUAGAGACGAAGUGGCAAUGAAUCUUGUCGAGUCCAUCCGUUUACAUCCCACGUCGAUACCAAUAGACUUGACUCAGGUGGCGUUCUCAUACGCAAAUGAUGUGGUGUGCAGAGCAGCAUUUGGCAUGUCUCAUGGGGGCAAAGAUGAAGUCCUGCCGCUAAUUAUUGAGUUGGGAGCUUCUGCUGGAGGUUUUGAUGUUGCUGAUUUGUUCCCUUCGGUAAAAUUCCUUGAGGAUGUUACUGGGCUGAAAACAAAAUAUCUGAAGUUGCACCACAAAAUGGAUCACGUCUGGAAUGUCAUCAUCGAUCAGCACAUGGAGAAGCUGAGAUUUGGGCAACCUGGUGAAGAGGAUCUAGUUGAUGUGCUCUUAAGAUGCAAACAAAAAGGCAACCUCGAGUUUCCUAUAACAAUGGAUAGCAUAAAAGCUACCAUUCUGGAUAUGUUUAACGCUGGGACGCACACUUCUGCAUCGACUGUUGAAUUUGCAAUGGCAGAAAUGAUUAAGCACCCGAAGGUGAUGGAGAAAGCACAAGCAGAACUGAGACAUGUUUUCAGAGGGAAUGACAGGGUUUUUGAAUCUGAAUUGGAGAAAGUAAGCUAUCUGAAGAUGGUGAUCAGGGAAACUCUGAGGCUCCACCCGCCGGUUCCCUUAUUGCUUCCAAGAGAAUGCCAGGAUUGGCAGAAAGUCUGUGGAUAUGAUAUCCCCCCUAAAACCAGAGUCUUAGUAAAUGCCCUCGCAAUCAAUAGAGACCCUGAGUAUUGGGACGACGCUGAGGCUUUUGAACCAGAGAGAUUUGCUGGAAGCGGCAUAGAAUUCAUCGGAACGAACUUUGAGUUCAUACCGUUUGGAGGAGGAAGAAGGAUGUGCCCUGGAAUAUCGUUUGUUUUGGCCACUGUGGAGCUUCUUCUAGCUCAGCUGCUCUACCAUUUCAACUGGGAACUCCCUGAUGGACUCCAGCCUCAAGAUUUGGACAUGACUGAGAUACUUGGCCUUGCUGCUAAGAGGAAAAAUGAUCUGUACCUUGUUGCUACAUCUCAUAAAUCGUAAUCCUCUUAGUUUUACUCAUGCUCAAUGUUCAA